AUGGAGAGUCCUCACGAGCAUCAGCAAGGCCUUUUGUUGUCCCGUAUCAUCACCAAUGUCGAGAAACUAAACGAGGCCGUUAUGGUCUUGAACACAGCUCUUCAUGAAAUCAACACCAAAAACAUGAAUACUGAGCUCGUUGCUCAGAUGUGGAAGAAUUAUCAGUCGAACGUGCUCUUCCAUCUUGAAGCGACGGAUAGUCUUAAGGAGCCUGUUUAA